GUCAGUAUAAGUGUGUAUCACACGCACUAUAUAUGAGCUAAAUAAUAAAACUAAUAUAAAUUAUGACAAUAAUAAUAAUAAUAUAAAUUCUUUAUUUUAAGAUUGUUUUAUCGAGGCACCGGAGUAGUUGUUAAAUGUAGGCAAGAUUGAGCAACAAGUCAUUCUUAAGUUUGAAAGUUACUCGUAUUUAGUGCGAUGCUUAUGAAAUAGUGGUAUGAACACGUAAUAUUAUAUUACCCAUGCGGCCAUGCCUUUGAAUUGUGAUCUUAACAUGAUUAUAUUAGUAGUUUACAUAAACCAACACUUGAUUAAAAAACUCUGGAAAUCAAAAAGUCAGGAAUCUCUAUUAUCAAUUUAUCAUCACUUGAUUAAAAAACUCUUAUGGGCUGCUUAAACUCAUGUAAGAAAACACCAUUGGUGAGUUCAAUUAGUAGCGUUAACCUAGAAAAAUGGCAGCACUCACUUCGACAUCUUAUUGCAAGAAUCUUAGCUCUUUCCUGCAACAAUACAAUUACUCAAAACAGCACCCGAAAUCAAUUCAAAAUGCUGUCAUCAUUCCUUCGUCUUUAUCUCCAUUGGAAACAUUAAUCAAGACUUCAAACAGCCAAACAUGGAAAAACAAAGAUUAUGGUCGAAUACGACCGCGCAGGAACCUGGAGGUGGUGAAAUGCACGGCGGAUGAGCGGCAAAUGAGCGGUGCAGGUGUAGCUCCACCAGAUUCAACGCUGGAAGAGAUCAAGGAUGAAUCAGGGUACCAAUUUAAGCUACUUUGUUUGAUGGCGUUGGGAAUGUUCCUUUGCAGUGCUCAAAGGAUGUAUUUAUUGGAUAUUUUUACCUCUGAUACUCAUUCCAUGUCUCUCGAUGCGGCAUAUAGUAUUCAGGUAACAUUUCAAGGGCUCUACAUAGUAUUAUCAGUGAUGUUUGGUGCAAUGGCAGAUGUAUUUGGUGGAGGAAGAAUAAUGGGAUUGGUAAUUGGAUUGUGGUUCUUACCUACAAUCCUCUUCCUAUUGUUUGCUUGUUUUUUCAUACCAAAUUUUUCUUCAGAGUGGUUCUCGUUAAUUUAUUUCAUCCCAUUGGCUGCUUUACAAUACCUAUGGCAUGGUAUAAUGACACUCCUUACACCAAGGCAAAUCCACCAUUCUACCAUCACCAUCUUGGUUCUUCCUACUGUUUUUGGCCUAGCACAAAGCUUAACUUUUCCUUCCAUGAAUGUCCUCCUAUCAAGGUGGUUUCCAAUUAAUGAACGCGGGCGAGCUGUAGGGAUUGUCAUGGCAGGAAUGCAACUUGGAAAUGUCUUGGUCUUUCGACAAACAAACACAACUUUUGGACCUUUUGUGUGUGUACCACUUGGAGUUGUUUGGCUACUAUCAUGGGUUUGUGAACUUAAAUUCUAUUCGAAACGGAAGAAUGCUGAUUCUUGUCACACUAACCGUCAAACUCCACUGUCAUUUCCAAAUCUCAUACUGAAAAAGCCUUUUUGGGCUAUACUAUUCGUUAAUUUUACUUACAAUUGGGGAUAUUUUGUUCUUUUAUUAUGGAUGCCCUUUUAUUUAAAAAAUGUAUUAAAUGUGAACCUUAAUGAAGAGCCAUGGUUUGAGGUAAUUCCCUGGGGAAUAGUGGUUGUAUCAAGCUAUAUUGCUGGUUGGAUAUCUGAUUAUUUAAAGAAGGCUGGUUAUUCUUUGUUAUUUGUUCAUAAAUUGAUGCAGUCAAUAGGUUUUAUAGGACCUGGGUUAUCACUGCUUUGCUUAACUUAUGCCAAGACUCCAAAAUUUGCAUCUUUACUUCUUACUAUUGGUAUAAGCUUUACUCCUUUUACCCAAGUUGGAUUAUUCCUUAAUAUACAAGAUAUUGCUCCAUAUUUAGUAGGACUCAUUCAUGGUAUUACAAAUAUAGUUGGGACAUAUGGUGCAACAAUAUGCCUCUUUAAGGUGAGCAGCAUUGUAAAAUUGCUUGGAUCCUAUGAAGCAUUUUUGAUCCUAACAUCUGUGCUCUAUUUCACCACUACUAUCUUUUAUAGCCUUUGUGCCACAACAGAAAGAAUAAUUUGACAUGUAUUAUCUCUUUUUGGGAGCAAAAUGUUAAAUAUUCACCAUCAUUCAAA